AUAUAAUCUGAUGUUUUCAAAGUAAAUUUUUAAUAGGGUACUUUCAAAGAUAGGUAUUUAAUUAAUUGAAAUGUUUGGAUGGGUAACCUUAAUAACCUUGCAUAAGCUAAGGAACUUUAACAACAAAUACAUAGUGCGUCAAACAUUCACAGAAAAAUUGAACAUAUAGUUGAUUAUAAAACAGAAUAAUAGUACAUACUAAUACAGUUAAUUGUGAUUGGCGAGAAAAAUAAAUCUUAUUCUACCAAAAUGGGGCCCCCGAAGAAAUUCAAGAAAUAUGACUCAAAAGGAGGAAGUGAUAGAUCAAGUAAAAAGAAAAAAGUAGAUGAGGAUAUAACAAUAGAUCUUGUAGAUGAUGAUAAUGCAGAAAACGAUGGGGUCCCUGUUGCUGCCAUGCAAGAUGCUGAGAAGAAUGAUCAAGUACCUGAAGACGAAUUUGGUGCUAAAGAUUAUAGAAGUCAAAUGCCGCUUAAACCAGACAACGCCAGUCGUCCUUUAUGGGUGGCACCCAAUGGGCAUAUUUUCUUGGAAGCAUUUUCUCCAGUUUACAAACAUGCUCAUGAUUUUUUGAUUGCUAUAGCUGAACCAGUAUGCAGACCCCAACACAUACAUGAAUACAAAUUGACAGCCUACAGUUUGUAUGCGGCAGUUUCGGUAGGCCUACAGACCAAUGACAUUAUUGAGUACCUGCAGAGACUGAGCAAGUGUGCUGUGCCAGCCGGCAUCGUAGAGUUCAUUAAACUAUGUACCCUCUCUUAUGGUAAAGUGAAGUUGGUGUUAAAACAUAACAGGUAUCUAGUCGAGAGUAAGCACGUGGAGGUACUGCAGAAGCUAUUGAAAGAUCCAGUGAUUCAACAGUGCAGGCUGCGACGCGACGGCGACGAGGAUCUGCUGUCCAACGACCUGCCCGCCAAGCCGGCCACGUCCCUCGCCAAACCAGGUGAAGAAAAACCACCGGCGGCGAACGGCGCUGUGCCCGACGACAUCAGUCAGUUCUAUCAGCAACUAGAUAAGGAUGACGACGAGGAGGAGACCUCUGGUGUUACUGCCAACGCAGCUGUUGCCUUUGAAGUGGAUCCUGACAAAAUCGAAGUAAUACAAAAACGUUGUAUCGAGUUGGAGCAUCCAUUGCUGGCUGAGUACGACUUCCGGAACGACUCCAUCAAUCCGGACAUCAACAUUGAUCUUAAACCAACUGCCGUUUUGCGACCUUAUCAAGAGAAAAGCUUGAGGAAAAUGUUCGGCAAUGGCAGGGCGAGGUCAGGCGUGAUAGUGUUGCCGUGCGGCGCCGGCAAGUCGCUGGUGGGCGUGACGGCGGUGUGCACGGUGCGCAAGCGCGCCCUCGUGCUGUGCAACUCCGGCGUCUCCGUGGAACAGUGGAAGCAACAGUUCAAGUGCUGGUCCACCGCAGACGACAGUAUGAUCUGCAGGUUCACAUCAGAAGCCAAGGACAAGCCGAUGGGAGCGGGUAUCCUCGUAACGACGUAUUCAAUGAUAACUCACGGACAGAGACGCUCGUGGGAGGCCGAACAGACGAUGAAGUGGCUCCAGGCCCAGGAGUGGGGCCUGGUCGUGCUCGAUGAAGUACACACGAUACCUGCCAAAAUGUUCCGCAGGGUGCUCACCAUCGUGCACUCGCACGCCAAACUGGGUUUGACGGCGACCCUGCUGCGAGAGGACGACAAGAUCGCGGACCUGAACUUCCUGAUAGGCCCGAAGCUGUACGAGGCGAACUGGCUCGAGCUGCAGGCGGCCGGCUACAUCGCGCGCGUGCAGUGCGCCGAGGUGUGGUGCCCCAUGACGCCAGAGUUCUACAGGGAAUACCUAGUGCAGAAGAUAAACAAGAAAAUGUUGUUGUACGUAAUGAACCCGUCGAAGUUCCGCGCGUGCCAGUACCUGGUGCGCUACCACGAGCGGCGCGGCGACAAGACCAUCGUGUUCUCCGACAACGUGUUCGCGCUCAGGCACUACGCUGUCAAGAUGAACAAGCCAUACAUCUACGGGCCGACGUCCCAGAGCGAGCGAAUACAGAUCCUCCAGAAUUUCAAGUUCAACCCGAAAGUGAAUACGAUAUUCGUGAGUAAAGUCGCUGACACCAGCUUCGAUCUGCCCGAAGCGAACGUGCUUAUACAGAUCUCCUCGCACGGUGGCUCCAGGCGACAAGAGGCACAGAGAUUGGGUCGUAUUUUAAGAGCAAAGAAAGGCGCUUUGGCCGAAGAAUAUAAUGCCUUUUUCUAUACUCUAGUAUCACAAGACACCUUAGAGAUGGCGUACAGUAGAAAAAGACAAAGAUUUCUUGUUAAUCAGGGUUAUAGUUAUAAGGUUAUAACAGAACUAAAAGGUAUGGAUCAAGAGCCUGAUAUGCUCUAUGGCACUCGCGAGGAACAAGGCACUUUACUUUCACAGGUGCUAGCGGCCUCGGAGACGGAGUGCGAGGAGGAGCGGGAGGGCGCGGUGGGGGGCGUGUCGCGGCGGGGGGGCGCGCUGUCGUCGCUGGCGGGCGCGGACGACGCGCUCUACGUGGAGCGCCGCGGCAACCAACACAACAAACAUCCUCUCUUCAAGAAGUUCCGAUAUUAGACCCUCUCGGUACUUUAUCUGUGCCCUCACCUCUCGCCUUCUUUAAAG